UCGGGGCGGGACUUCCGGCCCGUCCUCGUGGCGGCCAUCUUGGCAGCGUUUCGGGGCGUCUGGCUGCAGAGCGCCUGGUGGGGCCGAGUUGAGCGAACCCUUCAGUGCAGGAGGAGGCCUGGCGACGCCGCCCGCGGGCCCCGCGCCAGGGCCGGGAUCGGGACCGCCGCGCCCACGGAGCCCGAUGGCGGUGCGCUGCCAGGCUCAGGACCAUUUGACCUUUGAGGACGUGGCCGUGUACUUCUCCUGGGAGGAAUGGAGGCUCCUUGAUGAGGUUCAGAGGCACUUGUACCGCGAGGUGAUGCUGGAGAACAUUUCACUGUUAUCCUCCCUGGGUUGCUGCUCUGGAGCAGAGGAAGCAGAGGCACCCUUUGAACAGAACCUUCCUGUGGGAGUGUCACAGGCCAGGACACCCAAGGCAACUCUGUCUUCCCAGAAAACCCAUCCCUGUGAGAUGCAGAGUCCUGUUUUGAGAGGAAUUUUGGCUGAGCACCAGGGAAUACAACACAGCCAUAAAGUAUUCAGUUGUAGGAGGCUGGCAUGUCCUUCCCAGUUGAGGACCAAGGGCACUGCUGGUGACGCUGAAUGACCACCAGGUACCCUGAGCAGCCCCGGCACCUGCCCGCUGCCUCUCGAGGACAGAUUUAGAGUCGGGCAUCUCGCAGUCGCUGUGACUGCCCCUGUUUUGCUUGCCUCUCCCUGGCUGAGACCCCAGGUUCUGCCGCCUCCCCGCAGCUGGCAUUUCCUCCGGCCGCCUGUUCCAGAAGUGCUGUCACUGCUAAUUGCACAGACUGCAGUCUGUUCUUACAAGAUCCUUCCCCAGAGUUUUCUGUAAUAUUUUCUCUCUUGUGGCCACCGUGGGCUGAGUUCUGCUGGUCCAGCACUGGCUGCUCUUUUGUAAAGUCUUUCCUUUAUUAAUUGUAUCCAUCUGGGUGCCAGUAUUUGCUCAUCUUGGGAGUAGGGUAGAGAGCCUUCCGUGUUAAUCCAGCCACAGAAAUACAGGCUCGGGGGGAUCCCAGUUAGUCUUCAGAAGUGGCACCUGGGAGAAGGCAUGAUGUCAGGGCUGUAUUCAAAUUAUAGCAGAAACCGAUUCUAAUUGAUGAAUAUCUUGGUACCAAUGCCACUUGCCAACACCAAGCCAAAACUCAUUUCUGCUGUUUUUCACCAUUUUUGGCACUUUGUCUACUUGUCAACUCUACCUGGCACUUCUGCUCUUACAUCUGUGCAGAAAUGAGUCUCGCCGCCAGGACUCCUCACCUCCCCUGCUUUCCUCGGCGCUCCCUCUGCGCUGCUCUCCCACACUGACCUCCGCAGACUGUGGCGCCUCUAAAUAGUCCUUGAGCGCGAGCUGCCCUGUGGCAGUUGGAUGCUCUUGGUCCUGGACAUCGCCUUCUACAUGGCACUCAUGUGUCACUGGCAAACAAGAACCUCCUGGAAGGGAUUUUCAGAAAAACAGGUUGUAGACCGUGCUCUCGUCCAGAUGUCAGGCCCCACAGUUAUGUCCUCCAGCUUGUGAGACAUUCCCCAUUCUGUGCUUGUUCUUCUCCAGUACAGCAAAGCAGCCCCAUAUUCAGCCUGAACAAACUGGCUCUGCGAAUAAUUCAUGGGCUCAUCCUGACUUUGUUGAGCCCACUCCUCUGUAGGGGCAGCUGCCACAAGCUCAGCAUGGGCUCCUAGCAUUCCAUUCC